CCACACACAUAGCGGGGACCAACCCCAUUGCCGUCAUUUCAUAUUCCCACGUCUAAAACUGGCAACCUCAAUACUUUGUUCCCUCGAGAAGACAUUGCUUGAUAGAUCCUCAUCUGCCGGUACCUGAGGGAGCCCCCACGCUACCCUUUUCACUGCAGAGCUGCUCGUGUACAAUCGGCAUAGCCCGGGUAAUCUGUCGUCACCUUUUUUUUCUCUGUCCUUUUGCCUCCAUAUCCAACCUACCGCACAAGACAAACACCAUCCUCGUGCCUGUCGAAUUCCAGUAGCUGGACAUUUCAGAAUCCCCUCUGUUCCCAUUCCCGGUAUCCCACAGCCAACCCAAAACCACCACCAAAGACCAAAAGAAGAAAAAAGAAAAACCACCACCCAACAUGCCCCGCCCUCCUCUGCCCGCCAACCGGUCCCUGGCGAUCCUCGAGGCCGCCAAGGCGAACUCGUACGCCGUGCCCGCCAUGUGCUGCUACAACAUCGAGUCCAUCAUCGCGACCGUGCGGGCCGCCGAGGCCGCAAAGUCCCCCGCCAUGGUCCUCCUGUUCCCCUGGGCGAUCCAGUACGCCGGCGACUCGCUGGUCAAGGCGGCCGCCGACGCCGCGCACUCGGCCUCGGUGCCCGUCAGCCUGCACCUGGACCACUGCCAGACGCCUGAGCUGGUGCGGCGGGCGGCUGAUAUCCCCGAGGCGUUUGACAGCAUCAUGUGCGACAUGAGCCACUACGAGAAGGAGGAGAACCUGGCCCUGACCAAGGAACUCACCGAGUACUGCCACGCGCGGGGGAUCGCGACCGAGGCGGAGCCCGGUAGGAUCGAGGGCGGCGAGGACGGCAUCGCCGACACGGCAGACCUGGGCGCCAUCCUGACCACGCCCGAGCAGGCAGAGGAGUUUGUCGCCACGGGCAUCGACCUGCUGGCCCCGGCUUUCGGCAACGUCCACGGCGAGUACGGGCCCCGGGGCAUCCAGCUCGAGUACGACCGCCUGCAGAGCGUCAACGCCGCCGUCGGCGACCGCGUCAAGCUCGUCCUCCACGGGGCCGACCCGUUCACCGAGGAAAUAUUCCACAAGUGCAUGGCCGCCGGCGUCACCAAGAUCAACAUCAACAAGGGCAUGAACAAGCACUACGCCGCUGUGCAGAAGGAGAUGCAGGGCAAGCCGCUGACCAGCGUCAUCGAGAAGGGCACAGAGGCCAUGCAGAAGGCCAUCGAGGAGUACAUGCGGCAGCUGGGCAGUGCGGGCAAGGCGGACACGGUCAAGCGGGAGGGGUGGUAGGGUUUUGUUUUGUCCCUGUAGUAUGUAUAGUUUUGAAAUUUGAAAGAAAAAUCAUCUCGAAACCGAUGAGGUAGUCGUGUGCAGUCAGAGUGAAAA